CAAAGGCGAUUAGUUAAGGCUGAUAAUUAAUCCCGAAAAUGUCCUCUCUCCCAGAAGAACUAUGGACCAAAAUUCUCGAACUCGGAAUCCAAAAUAGCGGUUUAACCUACGAGGACCUUUGCUGGAUCUCCAUCUCAUGCCGUCUCCUUCAUCGUCUCUCCUCCGAAGACUCUCUCUGGAACCAUCUUCUCUCCACCGACUUCCCUCUUUUUCCUGCUUGCUCUUUUCCUUAUUGGUCUUCCAAAUCCCUUUAUCUUUUAAGAAUCAAGGAGAGGAUUUUGAUCGAAGCUGCAUAUCAACAACGUCUAGUGGAAGAGCAGAUUCUUCACUACCAAGAGCAACAAGAGAUUGAACUGAGCAAACAGCACCAUCCUGAAGACCUCAUUGAGAAGAAGCGGCUCAGUCGUAUGGUGGAAAAUAAAGAGAUAUACAUAGAGAAAGUUGUCAAUCGUCGGCUAGUUGAAUUUAACCGGCAAGUAGAAGAAUUUAACCGAUUGAAGAGAGCAAGGGAAAAAAUGAGAAAAUUGAAGUAUUAUCUUCAGUUGCAAGAGGCUAAUAGAAAAAAGCAGGAAGAGACUGAACGCUUAGCAAAGUUGGCUGAAAUUCAUUAUAAGCAGAGGAAAAGAGAAAUAGAAAUUGCAGGUCUUUAUCAUAAGAAAUGGUAAUGAUACUAGAUUUCGAAAAGACAAAUGCUAACUAGUGCACCGCACCUGGUGCACUAGUUAAGAGUACAAAUUUAGAAAAUUCCAGACUUAAGACUUGAUUGGCGGCAUCUGUCUUAUUCCUUGGUGAAGUUUAUUGUUCGUGAUAUCUGUUUAGUCGUGUACAUGGAUCAUACCAUUAAUAGAAACUCUAUCUAUUGAGAGUUUCCGUCGAGUGGAACAUAUAAAAUCAAUGUUGAUGAAUUUUGUGAUUGGUUAAUAACUCGGCCUGUGGAGGCCUUAUUGAUCACAACUCGAGUGGCAAAUUCAUCAAAGGAUUUACCGCAGUUUGUGGUAUAACAAUGUUAUAUGCGUUGAAAGGUGGCUCUUCUAACUAUUAAAUUGAAACAUAGAGUGAAUCUCUCUCAUGUCAUAUUUGAAUCGAUUCUUUGAUAUGGUAGCUUUCGCUAUCGUAGAUUGAUUCUCUUACCUUAAAUUUGUCGUUGAAGAGAUUUCAAAUUUUCUUCAUCUAUCAUAUUGAAACACCUCAAUUUGUCAUUGCUUCAAUAAAUCUAAUUGUUGUGCAGAUUUAUUGACUCAUCACAAGCAUCAUGCUCAUGCACCAUCUUUUGUUUUUCUUUUAACACGGCCAGCGCCUUACUAGACAAGACAUUUUUCUGAAGAAUAAUUGUAAUAGUUCCUCUCUUAUUUGAGUGCAUUAACACAUCGCCCUUUCUAUAAAAACAAA